AUGGACACGUCCCCCCUCCCGGAGGGCCUCCUGGAGGGCCUUCCGCAGGGCUCCGCAGCCCUCGCCCACGCCCCUCGCCUCUCCUCAGCGCCAGAUCCUCAGCAGCAGCAGCACUUGGAGCAGCGUCAGCAACAGCAUCAAACGCCGCAGCCAUCCUUGACGGCCUCCUGGGACCCCGCGGCGCACGGCGGUCCCCAGGGCUCGCCCGCCCGCGCUCCCGCCCGCUUGGGCUCGGGGAGCGAGAGGGGCGGGCGCGUGUCCCCCCCUCCCGCUGCUAGUCCUCCGACCCCGCGCCCUGCCGUCACCAGCGCCCCUCCCGCCGCCUCCCCCGGCGUCGAUUCCCCCGCCCCCCCCUCGAAGCAGCAGCCCGGGCAGGCCGCCACCAAGCACCGCCGCCGCUCGCACCGUCGGCAGCGUCGCCGUCGCCGCGCCGUCUCCAGCGCCUCGUGA